GUCUUUGUAGUCAUUGUGGUUCUCAUAUCUGAGGAAGCACCUCACACCAGUCACUGGUCUGGUGGUUACAAACACUGCCUCCACGGAGCUCUCAGUCACAAGAGUGCUGCUUACAAUCCUCACAGAAUGAUUACCAGGAGGACUGACAAUUAUACUCAGUACCAUAGGGUCUAAUUCAAUCCUGGAAUCCAAGUUUGCAGUUCUUACCAGAUGUUCAAGCAGUAGUGGAGAGUCUAACUUCAAAGGGAAAUGAAAUUGGACAUGAAAUACGAGGGA